AUGAGUGGCCAAGUGGAAGUCAAGCUGAAGCUCACCAACCUCGGACUGGGCACACUCUGGCUGGGAUUCUCCAAGGCGAAGCCCAUCAUCGAGGAUGGCCAUCGACUCGAAAACCUCAGCUGGAGACUCUGGCAGCGAGAACUCAGCAGCCAGCCCAGCCACAAAACCACCACGACCACCCUCAUCCACGCCAUCAUCCAGCCCAGCCCACUGACCACCAGGCCAGCCAGCAGAACCCUCCAGCUGCCCCCGCGCAUCAUCAGCAUCGCACCCACCCCGCCCACAGCCUCGCCCGCAAUCACCGCACCCACCAGCCCCAUCAGCCUGCCGUCCCAGCUCAUCAGCCCAGCCCACCCACAGCCACACCACCUCCUGCUCUCCCCCUACCCCCUCCAGCACGCACACGACCACGACCACGAGCACGAGCAGGAGCAGGAGCAGCACUACUUCGACCAGCGACCAGCCAUGGCCCAGCGACUCAGCAGCGGCUCAACCACCUCCAGCAGCCUCGCCCUCAAGAGCAUCGCCACCUCCCCCUCCAUCCAGGCAGCCCCAGAGAACCAGCCGAGGAAACUGCCCUCAGCCACCAGGCACCCAAACACCCUCCAGCGACGGGCCACCUCAACCGCCGGCUUCAAACACAAGCGCCGCCCGCCAUCCGCACCCCGGGGCCACUCCUCCCACCAAUCCACAUCCCGCUCAGCCAGCCCCCGUCUCACCCAACCCAGCAAACUGCCACUAGCAUCAACAACCGAACAACAACAACCCCAACACGCACACCACAACGCCAACGACUACUACUCAGCCUCCCCCGCAUCCUCCCCCGAACACUCCCAAGACUUCGCCAAGCCACUCCAGCCAAGCCUGCCCGCCAACCCAGCCAGCCAGACCACUCAUCAGCAGCAGUCCAAAUCCCCCCACGACCCCGACUCACAAACGACCCUGAGCGCCGGCUAUAGCUCCUCGGCCAGCCUCCCAAGCCUCCUCUCGCCGAUCAUACCCGAGACCCCUAACAACUCGCAAGUCUCAGCACCCUUCCAUGUCACUACUGCCGACCAGCCGGGUGGCAUCCCAGACUCACUAGCCUCCUCCCACACAACCGCACGCUCCUCCGCCUUCAUGCCCGACGCCCCGCCCCCAACCCCCUCUCAGAACGGCGCACCACUCCCGACGACCAUGUCCGUCGGCCUCAAAAACAAGGCAAAACUCAUCCAGCCUCCCACCCUCCCGCCCAUCAACACCUCCUCCACCGCCGCCCCAAAGAAGAAGGCCAAGUUCUUCAUCAAAGAGUACGAGCCAGAUGAUGACAGUAAUAAGCCUUUCUCCCCUACAUCCUUCCCCCCCGUCACUCAAAUAGCCCAGGGUUUCACUCGAACCACCACACCCCCAUCAGCUGAGCUCGGCUCAGCUGAGAAACAAGACAAAAAGACGAUCCAAGCGACAGUCGAAGAGGAAGAAGAAGGCUCGGAUUCGGAUGAAUGGGGAUCCGAGUAUUCGGACGAUGAGACCAAGGAGAACGAAUCACGAGCACUAGAGCAAGAGCUCGAGAAGAAACGGAAGCAGGAAGAGUAUCACCGGCAGCUGUUUGCCAAGAAGCAUUUCGUCCAACGCAACCGAUCCCACGAUGGAACGGAGGACCAGCCAGCGCCGAUCCGCCGCGCCGGUCUCUCGAUGCUCUUCCAUCCCGAGCUCAACCAUCUCCAGCACCAUCCCACCUCCUCCUCGUCGGGAGGAGCCCGCCAGCCGGGGGAGCCCAUCGGGGGCCCGUUACGGAACCAGUCUGCGAUCGAGCUUCGUCGGGCGGGCUCGUCGUCCUCGCGGAAGCCGCCGGGGGAUACUGAGGGACAACAACACAGCCGGGCGUCGAUCGUCGGGCCGAUUGCCCGGCCCUGCUCGCUGAUCAAGUCCAAGUCCUCGGUCGCCGUGCCGGUGCUUGCCGGGCAAGACCCCCCCGUGAUGAUCGAGCGGUCGCCCUCGAGCAUCUCGGGCCACUCCUCGUUGCGCCACCGGCCGCCGACUCGACGGAACAGCGCCGCGCCCACCGCCGGGCCGACCACCACGACCACCACGACCACUGCCACACAGCCGCCGCCUCGGAGCCUGCCGCAUCCGGCCCACCAGAGACACCCGUCCCGGCUGGCGGGCAAGCCGGCGAACGUCGAGUACUCGGACGACUCGGAGGAUGAGGAGUCGGAGGAGGAGUCAGAGUCGGAGGAGGUCGAAGAGGGCCGGGUGGGGAAGGGCGGUCGAGCGGAGCAGGAGCGCCGGCUGGCCCGCCGCACCGGCACCCACACCGAGCCCAUCGCUCUCCAUCCCCUCGCCGGCAUCUCCACCCAAGCCGCCAGAAACAUGCUCGCGAACGAGAUGACUGAGAGCGUGCGGAGGAACUUGCUCUGGGAACGCCAGAUCCAGGCCCUCGCCCUCGGCGUCCUCCCCGCGAGACUCGACCCUGCUACUCAUGCUGACCCCGCGCCCCUUCCUCCUGCCCCCUCCUCCUCGAAAACACUGCCGCAUUGUAGCCGCCAUGCGGCCACGUCGACUACGGACACGUCUAGUACUGCCACCGUUGUCGGCCCCGACGCGGGUCCGAAUCCAAACACUACUUCUACAAAUCCUGCUACCACGACGACGACCAAUCCUCAGUUCAAGAAAACUCAUCUCGCAAGCCUCACCAAUAAUAAUAAAGAGUAUCGUAACUUCUCUAAGGGCUUUCAUCGCACCGGAUGGUAA